CGUCCGAUAGUGUAAGUGCAGUCGGAUUCUCAAAGCACUGCAGUCUCUUUUCCUAAAUCCUUUUCAAUUCUCAUAUCCACUGUUCCUUAACCCCGUGACGUUUCACACAGAGAUCAAGGAAUAGUAGAUAGGACCAUUCAACUGCAACCCCAGUCAUGCCAACUAGAAAAGGCUGUGUCCUGAAAUGUGAGGGGAAAUGUCGAUUGUUUGCCUUACCGAAGGCAGAACCACGAAGAAGUCAGUGGUUGAAAUUUAUUUUUAACAAUGUUCCUUCAACGGUUCGAAAUACUGUACUGUGUGCCCGGCAUUUCUCGGACGACAGCUUCACAAACCUUGCACAGGUUGAAGCCAGAUAUGCAAUGCGUCUAGUACUGAAGGGCGAUGCUGUUCCUACUUUGUCUGGACCAGCGGGUGGUUUGGUUACACAACCUGUCAGCCAAUUUCAAAAGUUACCUAGAAGGAGGGAUGCUGCUUGUCAGACCGACAUUCUACACAAACGUACAGUUCGCACACAGUUGUCUUUGCGUACCUUUAGUAAUCCAUAUCGAAGUACUGCUGUCCAGACUAUAGAUUCCAGCAACUUUGAUGUAUGGACAUCAAAUGUUCUCGAGGCAGCGCCCUCUUUUAUAUCCACCCCUACAGAGAAACCAUCAAAGAGACGUCGUGUGGACCCUGAGGAAGAAGAAGAGGAAGAAGAAGAGGAGGAUGGCAGCUUCUCCGUGGUGGCUUCAGACGGGCUGGAUGAUACCUAUGACCCAACGGAGUCUGUCACAAAUGAUACAGAAAAAACAGACAUAUUUGGUAAAGAACACAUUGUCCCUAUAACCAUCAAGACCAUUACAUAG